AUGGGUGAAUCCUGUUCAGACGGUUCCGCGGCGCGACGUCACAGCUAUUGCUGCAUCAGUGAGGCUGCAUUUACACAAAGUAAAACCGAUUCCAUGUCCACAUCAGGCGAAUUACGCGUCAGACUGGCAAUGCCCGAGCUUGAUGAACCCUCAUCCAGUGUAUCACCCCAAAGUGAUGAAAGUGCUCCUGUGGCUGGUGAAAAAGAGGUGACUCCACUGGCCGAUGAAUCUCCAAUACACAGUGUCACUGACGAAACCCGUGCAGCAGUUACGGACUCGUCCGGGAAGGAGCUGUCAGUCGAUCAACCGAGUGAUACAAUCCCGACCUCCAACAAUACCGGUCCUGAACAGAUGCGAGGUCGAGCUGCGAUUAAAGCAAGCAAAGAUCAACGUCGACCGAAACGGUCUACCGCGCACCCCGGGCGACAAUCUCCUGACAGUAUAACCGAAUCGACCGCCUCAAAUGGGAACGCUACACGUGUUGUCCUGGACGAGUCCGCCAUGGCCGAGAACCCACACAAGACUCCGAUUUUGGCUAGUCGACGCUCACCCAAUUGUCGUCGUGUGAUUCGUUUACGCGACAGCCACAUCAUCAACCGUUUGCGAGCAAUUGUGACCGAAGGUGAACCAUCAAACAAAUACGAGACAUUGGGACGAAUAGGGCACGGAGCUUCGGGAGUUGUCCAGAUUGGCCGCGAUAUCAAGACUGGUCAGCGAGUGGCUAUCAAACAGAUGAACCUGCGCAAGCAGCCCAGGAAAGAGUUGAUUCUGAACGAGAUCCUGGUCAUGCGGGCGCAUCGGAAUCCGAAUAUCGUGAACUAUUUGGACAGCUACUUGCUCGGAGACGAACUAUGGGUAGUAAUGGAGUAUUUGGAUGGCGGCUCGCUCACCGAUAUCCUAACCGAGACAUGCAUGUCUGAAGCCCACAUAGCCACCGUUUGUCGAGAGACCCUGCAGGCUCUGGAAUUUCUGCAUUCCAAACACGUGAUCCAUCGAGACAUUAAAUCGGACAACAUUUUACUCGGUUUGGAUGGUGCAGUAAAAUUGACCGAUUUUGGAUUUUGUGCUCAACUCAGCUCCGACCAAGAUGUGAAACGGAACACAAUGGUUGGCACACCUUACUGGAUGGCUCCGGAAGUGGUCAGCCGCAAACAAUACGGUAACAAGGUGGAUAUUUGGUCCCUGGGUAUCAUGACAUUAGAGAUGAUUGAGGGCGAACCGCCUUAUCUGAGUGAGAACCCACUCAAAGCCCUGUAUUUGAUCGCGACAAACGGGAAACCACAUUUCCGAAAGGAUCAUCUGAGUCCGGAAUUGUUGGAUUUUUUGGACUGUUGUCUCGAGGUCGAUGUUAGCAAACGAGCCACUGCGGCGUCAUUGCUCACGGUCAGUGAUUUUCCAUGA